AACGUCAGCGUGUGCCAAAUAAUAACAAUAAUAAUAUAAAGUGAAAUGGGUUUUUUAUCAGUUUAAUUUGAUUUACCCAAGGAUGUCUUAUUAUUUAAAAAGAAAUACAAUAUUAUACAAUUGGAAUUAAUUGUUAAAACCUAAGUGUUUGUGUUGUCUAUUAGAAAUUGAUAACAAUAAAUAAAAAAAAAAUUAAUAGAAAAUUCUCAAGUGCAAUGUUAACAUGUAUUUUAUAACAAAUGAUGAUUACGUCAACUUUCUUCUUUUCGUACUAUAUUUACAUUACAUUUACUUUCUUUUUUCUUGUGUUGUGGUCGAAUCCUGUUCACUCUUUAUAAUAGCAAAUAAAAUCAAAUUUAUGUUUGCCGAUGACAUGCACUCAUAUUUCUUCAGGUCACUUAAUCAUCAUAUAUGCCAUUUUUAAGGUCUCAGCUUUUUCUUUCUAAAUCUUUCUAAACUUAAUAUCGAAAAAGAUUCAAAAAAAGUUGCUGACUUUUUAGCGGUAAAGGCCAAAAACUAAUGUGAACACAGUAGCAGUCUCAGUAGUAGUACUAGUUGCAACAAUUGAAGCGUAACGUUAAGAACACCAAGGAGUCCAGAACUAGUAGACAGACAGACAGAUAGACAAACAGACAAAUCUAUUAAUUUGUCUAACAUAAAAAAACAACAAUAACAAUGACUACAAAAGAAACAACUAUGGAAAAAUCAGUUCUAACAGAUAAAAAUAAUACUGCUGUGUAUCAACAGACCACAAAACCAAAAAAGAAACGGAGAGAUAAAAGUGAUUUGGGUCCCGAUUUUGUGGCACCCGAUGGUGGUUGGGGUUGGGUGGUAUGUUUAGCCGCCGGUUUCAGUAAUUUCUCCUUAUUUCCCGCCCUGCAACAAUAUGGUCUUAUAUAUCGAGAUCGCAUGAAAAAUUUGGGUUUUGAUGCCAAACAAACCACCACUAUAGUUAAUGUAGUCAUGGCCAUAUCUUCUUUAACGGGUUUGGUAAAUGGUGCCAUGUUUAGAAGAUUUACUUUUAGGCAAGUGGCUUUAGUGGGCAGUCUUUUGGGUUUUGCCGGUAUUUUCCUAUCAGCAUUUUGUGUGCAAUUUUGGCAAUAUGUAGUGUGUUUCUCCAGUAUUUAUGGUAUUGGUUUGGGUCUGUGCAUGGCAGCCAGUGCUUUAGCCGUAAAUACCUAUUUCAAAAAUAAACGGCGUAAGGCUACUGGUUUCUCUUGGACCAUAACCGGUUUGGGUCCCAUUAUAUUCCCCUAUUUUUCCACCGUUUUAAUGUACAACUAUGGUGCCCAGGGCUCCAUAUUAGUUUACUCCGCCAUAGCUCUUAAUGCUUUCCUGUGUGCCUUGACUUUUCAGCCUGUUUUACGUCAUGUAAAAAAACCUGAAAAAGAAAAGUUGGCCGAAACUAAUGGCAAUACCUUACCCAAUACCGCUAAUGCCAAUGACAAAGAUCUAGCCGAGUUUGAGUGUAAAUAUUGUCAGUAUCAACGCAAGGGAAAACGUAGCAUUUUCUCCUCACAAUAUCUCUUCAAUGAAGAUGAUCCCGAAAGACCCGGCUAUGAGAUUACCGAACCGGCUACACCCAUGUUGGCCAGAGCUAAUGAUGGUUGGUAUGGUUCGAAAAUGUCUUUGGCAUCGGAAAAGCUACCACGCUACAGACCCUCAAAAGUAUUAAAACGUCAGUUGUCGAGACGUGAUGGUGGCGAGGGUGGUCAUGAGGAAACUCCAGACGAGGCUUCUUUAUAUAAACCUAAUUAUUUCAAUCGUGAAAGAGAAGAUGAAGAUCGUUAUGCUAGUAAAACGAGUAUCUAUUCUAAACCUGGUUUUGAUGAAUUUCGCUGUACUUGUGCCGAGGAAAAGGCUUUACUGCAAAAACUAACCGAUGAAGAGAAAAAGUUGGAAGCAGCCAAACUACAAGCGGCCAUAGAAGAAGAUGAACGUAUUAAAAGUAAAAUGACUAUAGGUCAAAAAAUAGUGAAAUUUUUCGAUUUGGAUUUAUUGAAAGAUUUCACCUUUGUCAAUCUGGCCAUGGGCAUGACUAUAAUGAUGUUUGGUGAAAUGAAUUUUUCCGUAUUGACACCCUUUAUCUUAAACAGUUUUGGUUAUUCGGAUGGUCAAAUUUCCCUGGCCAUGUCUUUGUUGGGCGGUAUGGAUAUUACAGUGCGUUUCUUGGCACCUUUUGCUUUGGAAAAAGUAAAAUUAGAUAAUCGUGUUUUAUUUGCCUUUGGCAUUAUAGCCAUUUCGAUUGGCCGUGUUAUUGUAACCAUAACCGAUUCGUAUAAUGUCGUUAUGGCGGUAUUUGUUUUGAUUGGUUUCGGCAAGGGCUUUCGUACGAUUUUCUCACCUUUAAUUAUACCCAGUUAUGUGCCAUUAAAUCGAUUACCAGCUGCCUCCGGUUUACAAUUGAUAUUUAACUCAAUAUUUUCUUUUGCCUUUGGUCCAAUUUUGGGUAUUAUCACCGAUGUCUAUAGCUAUAAAGUAACUAUACACUUUAUUAAUGGUCUUACUACUAUGGCUCUAUUGUUUUGGCUAAGUGAAUCUAUGAUUCGUAAAAUGUUAAAGAAAAGAUCACAGGGAGCUCAAGUUUAAUUUAAACGCAUAAAAAAAGUUUAAUUUUAAACCUCAAAUAAAGCUUUAAAAGCUGUUACUUACAAAUUACAAAAAAAAACUGUCUACUUAAAAUGCUACAAAAUUAUUUAAGAAAAAAAUAUUUAGACCUAAAGAGUCUUCCUUUAUUUAUUGUAAUAUAUAGAAUAAGUUUUUAGAGAAAUCAGUUAAAAGGCAAAUGUUUGAUUAAUUAUGUUUUAUAUAAAAAAAUUAAGUGCAAUAUUUAAAACAAAUUUAAACAAAUUAAUUGGUUAAAUAUUUUACUUCUUAACCUUUCUAUAGCCGUGUAGUUUCUUAUUUUUUGGUUAUCAUAAGUUGAACUAUAUAGUUUUAAUAAAACUUUGGAUAACAAAUUCGGCUUCUCAGACUUACGCUUUUUGUUAGAAGUAUCGAAAGGUUAAGAAAAAAUUUGUGAUUUAAAAGAAAUUAUUAAAAAACUUCGAAAACCCUAAGGGACUCUUUUGUUACAGUUCAUGAAGAAUUUAUACAUGCGGAAAAAAUAAAUAUGGUUACUACAACUAUAAAAUGUUUAUUUAUUACCAAAAACAUGUACAUAAUUGCUAUUUUAAUAAAAUUUCAACAAUAUUUUUGUUUCAUUAAACAUUUUCAUGUUUAUGACAAUUAUCAUAUUGUGUAUGACUCACUGAAACAUAAUUAGUUUUAUAACAACUAUAUAAUGACAAAUAAUGAAAACAAAUUAUGUUAUUUAUAAAUAACCAUUAUAUGUUCUAUUUGCUGAUACAACAACAAAAUCAAAAUUUUGCCAUACAAUUAAU